AAACACCCUUUGAAGAUGGAAUGCGGCGUGACGGGGGGAUACACUAAUGGAGCGACGACGCCCGCAGGCAUCCUGGCCGACGUAAGGUCAGAGAGGUCACCCGCCAAAACGGGCCUACACGUCAACUUCAAGGACAAGGGAGAAAUCAAAGAGAAAAGGGAAAAGUUUCUAACGGCUAAGUAUGGACACCACCAGAUGAGUCUCAUUAGGAAAAGGCUAGCCGUGGAGAUGUGGCUCUACGAGGAACUCAAGAAGUUAUACGAAAGCAAAUCCACGAAACAAGUAACAGACGUCAAUAAUGAUGAGGUCGAGGUGGAUAUUGAUGAACUUCUAGACAUGGACAGUGAUGAAGAACGACGAAGGCAUUUACAGAAUCUACUAAUCAACGCCAAAGGAUCCCAAAGUGAUAUAAAGAAAUUCAUCACUGAUUUAUUAGAUAAGGCAAAGACUCUUUAAAUCAAGUGAAGUGCCAAAGGUUAGACCGAAGACAUUGGCCCCCCAAAGGAGCCUAAUUUGCACAAGAUUCAGUGAUUAUUUAUCUCUACAUCGAUGAUCAUCAUUGGAAAUCAACUAUAUAUUCCAUCCUGAUUUGCCGAGCAUAAUUUAAUAACGUUUCAUGACAUAUAGAUUGUAUAGUCAAAGAAUGAAUGUAGAUAAGUACAGCAUCAUUGCAGCAAUUUUUGCCAAUGGCAUCGUUAAUAUGUUUUCUAAUUUUUUAUACUUUUAGCAUCAAUCGUAGUUAAGAUUAUUUAUAAUGAAAAAUAUUGCUAGUCCUCAGAUUGUUAUUCAAAUUAUAGGAAUCAUAUCAGACUGCCUUUUGAAUAUGAAUUUUGUACCCAUAUACACGUCCUUUUAUCAUCUCUUACAUAUUUUAAUCGUUAAAACAGAUCACAAAAUAGAACAUAGGAUUUGAAUUUUCAUCAUUAUGCUACUAUAUUUCCCAUAAUAAUAAAAAAGUCAACAAUUUCAAUAAAAACCGGAGUAUAGCAAUUCAAAAAGCAUUUUGAAACUAAUUUUAUAUAUCAAUCAACAAAUAUCCGUUAUCAUGUAUAAACAUAUUCAAAAGUAUACAAUCGUAAACUGAAAAAUCGAAGGAAGUUGACCAUACAUAGGUAUACAUCUCUCACGAUUCCAAUCCAAAAACUGAUUAUUUUGAAGUUUGUUCUGGUGUUCUUCCACGUCUUCUUUCAAAUAUACCAAUAUAUUUUCUGCAUUCAUUACCUAAUCAAUAUUAUUUUGAUGUCAUGUUCAUUAGUAAUAUUUCAAGUAAAAAUUAUUUGACUUGCUCACAUUCUAAUAUUCAUUAUGUUGGUGUUAGCACCUUUGCAAUCUCAUCUACCUUUGAGGUCAUCAGGAUUUUUGUAAUCUCAUCUACCAAUGAUGUCAUCAGACUAGUCAGUAUUGUUGAAUAAGUUCUACAUAUAUGUAACUUCGUAAUAAUACAACUCUAAAUCUGAUUCAACUGUUUCAACACGUUCUAAAAUCCAAAGAGAAUAUGCAAGUUCAAUGAAUAAAUUUGCCAGGAACUUUUCCUGAUUGACUUGUAUGAAAUAUCAUCGAUUAUCCCAACCCAAUUCUACCAAUGAGCAAAAUCUAUGUUUUUAUUUUGUGAUUUGGCGUAUACUAAUUUAAGUUUUAAAGAUUGUUGGAAAUCAUUUAUUGUUGGUUAAAUUGAGAAAAUCAUAUCAGUGCUCAAAAUUUAAUAAUGUGGUGCAUGCGAGCUUCCCCCAGAUGUAGGUAUUGGCCUCAUGUUGUUUUAUUUUUAAUUAUUGUACUUAGAACCUAAUGCAGAUUGAUCAACUUUUGUGAUCUCAAUUAUUCUCAAUUUCGACAAAUAAGGUGUUUAAUAUUUGGUAGGUGUGUAUAGUUAAAUAACUUUAUUCUAUUGGUAAAUAUCGUCAGUUAUCUUUUCAGUCUCGUUACUAACUAGUAGUCAAAAUCUUGGAGGAAUUUUAUUUCAAAUGUAUAGCACUAAGACGAACCUUACCUCCACUGCACCUUUCUAUUGACCGAGUCCAUGGGAAAGUGUUUCUUAUCUUACGGGACAGUUGUAAUCAAAAGUCCGUUGGUAUAACAAGCCUAUACUUUGCCAACUGUAAGAAUCUGAUAUGUACAAUUAGAAAUUUUUCUCAUAUUGCUACAAUUUGGGAAUAAAACAUCACAUAUAAUUUGAGUUAUGAGAAAAAUAAGUGUAUCAGAUACUUCACAUUUUGCAGAGUAUAAAAGUUUCGUGUCUAUGUCACAAGAAUCAUUAUAGAUGACUUUAACAGGUCAGAGGAAAGAAAUCUCAUGAGAUGAGAAUAGUGAUACCCACCUAUUUGUUAUUCAGUUGGAAUUUGAAUAUGUUAGAAAUUUUUGUGAAAUAAAUAGAAGUUAUACUGGA